GCCGGCAGCGCCCGCAGCCGCCGCCCGCCGCCCUGCCGGCCCUGCGCGCACCCGCGGAUGGACGCGGAUGGAAACGCUCCGCGCUGGCGGAGCUCCCCGCGGGACUCCCCGCCGCCCGCGGGCUCUGCGCGGGGCUGGGAGGGCAAAUCCGGGUGCUGGUGCUGCAGAAGCUGCUCGGUGUCGUUCUCAGGAACAGCCGCGUUCAAAUUAGCCAGAGGAAGGAUAAACUUUGUGCCUCCAACUGGAUGGGUAAAUCUCCAGCUUUCUGUCUGCUGAAAUGAUCGGGCCAGUCUGAUUUGGAGGCUCUGACAUCCAGUGGCAGUGAAAGCCAAAGUCAUGUACGGUUCCUGUGUUCAGUGGAACAACGUCCUGGAGUUCCAGCUUUAGAAACAUAGAACAGUUUCCAGAGGAUUCAUGCCACUUCAGGGUUUUUAAUGGAGCUGUGGAGAUAAUGGUCUGAGCUUCCGGAAAACACUGCCGCGGAAGCCCACAUCCACCACUCUACAAAGAAAAGCAGAAAUUUUAUAUCUAGUAACAUCUUUUUUCUGCUGAUAGAGACACCAAAAUCAGCUCCCAUCAGGGAAGCUGGCUCAGAGAGUUGCCAUGAAGUGCCCUGGACCUCCAGAGAGCUUGAGACUUGCCUUCUUCCUGGAAAAUGCCUUGGCCAGAGAGGCUAGGAUUUGGAAAGUGCCAGUUUUCCAGAAUCUCACCGUGAAGGGCACAGAUAUCUCUUUGUCCUGUUACAAGAAAGCAGUUCUUUGGAUUGCAGAAAUAAGCUCUCAGUUCCAGUUUUACCCUGAAACAUUUGCCUUAGCUACCAGCAUCUUUAACCGGUUAUUGGCAUCAGUAAAGGCCCAAUUAAAAUACCUUCAGUGCAUAGCAAUUUCCUGCCUUGUCCUUGCAGCAAAAACCAAUGAAGAAGAUGAGGUAAUACCAUCGGUGAAGAUGCUUGCAGUACGGAGUGGUUGUAAACGCUCUCCAGCUGAGAUCUUGAGAAUGGAAAGAAUUAUACUAGAUAAGCUUCACUGGGAUCUUUACACAGCAACACCAAUGGAUUUCUUAAACAUUGUAAGCACUAAGUUUGGCAAUUUUUUUUUUCUUUAA